AUGUCUCCCAAUGAAGCGCUCCCCUCCAUACGCUUAUCGGCUUUCUUCGACCCGCGGGCCACUCGUCCCUCCUUAUCCUUCACACCAGUUGCUCGCACCCUACCAACCGGCAAGGAGACUAUCAAAGUUGGGCGUUAUUCCGAGCGAGAAAAUCAUGCACCCGUUCCUAUGAACGCUCCAUCGGCAGCCCCCGUGGGGUUCAAAAGCAAGGUCGUCAGUCGGCGUCAUUGCGAGUUCUGGUAUGAGAAGGGGAAAUGGUAUAUCAAGGAUGUCAAGAGCUCGUCUGGCACGUUUCUCAAUCAUAUUCGCCUAAGUGCUCCUGCUACGGAGUCCAAGCCGUAUCCCAUUAAUGAUGGAGACAUUGUACAGUUGGGGAUAGACUUUAAAGGCGGUGAAGAAAUGAUUUAUAGAUGUGUCAAAAUGCGCAUCGAACUGAAUAGGGGUUGGCAGGCCAAACCUAAUGCUUUCAACAUGACCACUCACAAGCGCUUAAGAGAUUUGACAUCACCCGCGUCAACUGCAUCACCAGGGUCAUCCCAUGCUCAAGAUUGCUCCAUCUGCCUGAAUGCGAUUGCACCUUGUCAAUCGCUCUUUGUUGCUCCAUGCUCUCACACGUGGCAUUUCAAAUGCAUUCGUGAGAUGCUACACGGGCCUUCGUGGCCAAUUUUCAUAUGCCCCAACUGCAGGGCGACUGCUGAUCUGGAUGCCGAAAUUGAUGAGCCAGCAGAAGAGUGGCAACAACUUCCGGAAGAAAUUGCAGAAGACAAGGCUGAAGAAGACGCACGCCCUGCAAAUAACGCACAUAUAAAUCCAGCGCCACAAGCAAACGAUGAUUCGUUGAAACGGUACGCUGACCAAGCCGAGCCUGGCGACGCAACGGUACACCUAGCAAGUACAACAACACCUCAGACAUCUGCUGGCCCAUCGAGACAUGCAGCGUCGGAUCCCGUGCCCAUUCCGAGCGCCUCUCCACGCAGAACGCCAUCGCCUACUCCAAAUGGGUUAUUAAAUGUCCACGAAGGACCAAUUACGCCUAGGAAUGAUGCUGGCCCCUGGGUAUUUGAUGGAAAUCCAGCACGUGUCUCUCAAGAGAGCGCAAGAAGAAAUGCUAUGGGAAGUCUGAAUGCUGCCGCACAGGCGCAGGCAGGACCGAAUCAAAUAUAG